CAAGCCCUAAACCUGGCCCCAACCAUUCCUCAGCGUCUUCGUCUUCAACCCCAAAAACACCAAAAUCCCUACCUGGUUCGCACACUAAACCCUCACUCCCCUUUUCUUCACCUCCCAAACCCUACAUCCCUUAACAAGCUCACUCCUCUUCGCCUCCUAUGGCUGCUCUCCAACUCAGACCCAAACACAGAACCCUCCACAACCCCUCCCUCGUUCACCUCUUUUCUACCUCCUCGACCCCUCCUGAGCCCACCUCUGCCGACCAAUCCCCGCCAUCCGCCUCAUCCGACCCCUCCGAAUCUCAAUCAUCCUUAUCCUCCUAUUUCUCUGAUGUCAAAGCCAGUCUCAAACAACAACAACAGCGACAACAUAGACCCGCUUCCCCAUUUUCACAAAGGAAUCCCACAAUCCCAGCGAAACCUUUGAGCCCUUCAGACUCAUCUUUCUCCAAGCCUUCCAAAAUCGCUUCCCUCGAAGAAAUCCGCAGGAACCUCUCCGAGUUCCGCCUCCGAUCCUCUGUGCCACCUCUCUCCAGACCCAACUCCGCACAUGCGACGACACCGUCCUCCGAAUCUUCAUCCCAGCACAUCUCGUUUCAAGAGCUUUACAAACGGAAUGUGACGGAGAAGGCCGACGAGAACGUUACCAACACAGCUUCGGGCCCCGGAAAAUUUGGCGGCAGUGGCGGAAAUCAUUCGUUCGAAGCAAUUCGUUUGAGUUUACGGCAGCUACGUUCGUCGCCCGGUAUGGCACAGAAUGAGAGGAGGAGGGCUGACCCGAUGUCGUUAUCGGAAUUUAAGAAUAAUUUGAAAUUGAAGCCGUCUACGGAUCCGGUUCCGGUGAUUGGCGGGACUGAUACGCUGCCGGUUUCAGUGUUUGGGAAGGAAAGGGAGCGGAAGGAUACGGAGGGGGAGAAAAUGGCAAUGAAGACGGAGUUUGUGAAGAUGUAUAGCUAUGGGGAGUUGGGGGAGAAACUGAGGAAGCUGAGGUCGGAUGGGAACAAAGAAGGGAAGGCGUGGUUUUCACUUGGGGAACUGAACGAGAGGUUGGUGAAACUGAGGGAGAUGGAGGAUAAGGAGACAGAGUCGAGGAUUGGCGGGGUUUCGUUUAAGGAUUUGAGGGAGAGCUUGUUGAGAAUGAAGAUAUCAGACGAUGAGAAGGCGAAGAAAAGUUCCAUCCAGAGAAUGGAUAUUCUGGGUCAGUUAGGCAGAACUCCAAACUUUAUGCUCCAACCUCCAAAGGAGCAUCUUGUUGAAAAGUAUUUCCAUCCGGAUAAUAUGUCUUCUGCAGAAAAACUGAAAAUUGAGCUUGCAAAAGUAAGAGAUGAAUUUAAAAUGUCAGAGUCAGAUUGCGGAUCUGCACGUGUUCAAGUGGCACAACUCACAACUAAGAUCAAGCAUCUAUCUUCUGUUUUACACAAGAAGGAUAAGCAUUCUCGGAAGGGUCUUAUAGGAAUGGUGCAGAUGAGGAAGAGGUUAUUGAAGUAUCUCCGAAGAACCGACUGGGAUUCCUACUGCUUGGUUCUCUCUAAGCUCGGUCUCCGGGACAAUCCUAAUUACAAGAACUAGAUUAGUCAACAAUGCCAACCUUGUGUUUUCUUUGUAAGAUAAUUACUUGUAGUCUUUGGCACAACCUUGAUUACGAGAAAAUUAGACUAGUCAACAAUUUUACCAUCGCUGUGUUUCUCUUUCCUUUUUUCUUCUUUUCCUCUGCAAGAUUACUAUUCUAGUUGGUCUACCUGAGGUUUCCAUAAUUCCAUUUGUCGAGGGAGCUAAAAGACAUUACAAUGAUUUUUUGUUUAACCA